GUUGCUGGUGUGUUUCCGUUUCCACCCUCCCAGAUGACAUACUUUUGUUUGGCAUGUUGUGGCGGAAAUAAAAGAAAGAGCAGUCCAAUAAGUCAAGAGUAUGAAUGGAGGCGAAGCCCAAAUAUACAGAGAGAGAGAACAAAAGGCGGGUGGCGUGAUCAUUCGAACUGAAGUCACUCUCUCACUCAGUCACCGCUUCGUUCUUUCUUUCUUUCUUUCUUUCUUUCUUUUUUUUCUCUCUCACAGAAACACAUAACAGCAGGCGCAACACUGAACAGUGAUGUCAACUUCAGGGGAGGAUAAAAAAUCCCAAUUAAAGCAUCGAUUCCAUCCACAUUCUCAUUCUCUUUCUCAAUCCCUUGCCCAUUCCAUACUCCCUAACCCACCCCAGUUGACUCAAACAUGUGCAAUCAGUAGUUUCAACUUCAACAAUCAUAAUCACAAUCACACAAGUAAUCAUCGUCAACUACCUCCUACUUUCUACAAUCAAACUCAGCCUCCCAUUAGGGCAGAGAAUCAAACCACCAGAUAUACAAAACAUGCCACUCACAAACCUAAUGCUACUGAAGCUCCUCAUUUGGCUGCAGUUAACAACUGUCGUUAUGACAGUUCCUUAGGGUUGUUAACCAAGAAAUUUGUCUGCUUGAUUGAAGCGGCUGACUAUGGUACCUUGGAUUUAAAUAAAAGUGCUGAGACCUUGGAGGUUUACACAAUGAUUUUUCCUCCCUCUGCUCAUAUGAAUUUAAUUUCCCUAGCAAAAUAUAUUUAUACAUGCUACCCUUAUAUAUGUUUCUAUGGGCAGGUUCAAAAACGAAGAAUUUAUGAUAUUACAAAUGUUCUCGAAGGAAUAGGAUUGAUAGAGAAGACUUCAAAGAAUCAUAUACGGUGGAAGGGAUGUAAUGGACAUGGAGCCCAAGAACUGGAUUAUCAACUCAAAAGACUUAAGACUGAAGUUGAAAAUCUGUACGCUGAAGAAUCUGCACUCGACGAUUGUAUAAGGCAAAAGCAAGAGCUAAUAAAAAACCUGGAGGAAAAUGAAAACUCUCAAAGGUACCUUUUCUUGACAAAUGAAGAUAUUCUUAACCUUCCAUGCUUCCAGAACCAAGAGCUUAUUGCAAUCAAGGCUCCAAAAUUUAGUGUUGUAGAGGUUCCCGAUCCUGAUCAGGAGUUAGGUUUCCGGCAUUACAAAAUGACUGUUAGAAGUGCAACUGGACCAAUAUAUAUAUAUCUAUUGAGCAAGAAAGGUCUUAAGUGUAAGAGUGAUACUAUCGAGCAGGUUAAGCUAAUAGAUCCAUCAUGGAAUGGUAAUCACUGCAAAAUGAGGGACAUGAUAUUAUCAGCAAGCGAGGCUGAUCUAAAAAAUCCUGAGGUUUUAACAUCCCCGGGCUCAGAGGCAUUUGGAAUCCAAGAAAUUACUCCUAUGGAAUUUAAAAUGGAUGAUGACUAUUGGUUUGAAUCAGAUGCUGGAGUGACCCUAACAGAUUUGUGGGUUAACAAUAACUUCUAACAGAAGCAAUCAUCAAUAUGUAAAUACAAGUUGCUGCUAACUUUUGAGAUGACAAACGGCAAUGGCUAGCAAUUUAAACUGUAAAUGUUAGGCCUUUUUUGUUACUCCCUUUCUCAGCUGUUGCCUUGGCAGUAUAAGUAUGCAGAUCGAAGAGAUAAGCUGUUUGGUUGAUUUUUUGCAUGGAUGUGCAGAGUUUAGCCAUAAAGUAUAAACCAACUCCGGUUUUGAAUAUUAGAUAUUUUUGCAGAAGCUAUACUAAUGAUGUUGAUGUAUGGAAAUAACACCCUUUGUGCAUGAAAGCAAGACCAAAUUGGUAGGUAGAGUAUUGCAUCCUACAUGUAUUGAGUAGAAAUGUUUUUUUAUGGGCAUGGAGCAGAAAUGAGUUAACUCGUGGAAAUUAUUAAUUUCACUAUUGAUGAGGUAUUUUUUGCGGCCCAGGAUUUGUGUGACCUUUCUAUCCAAUAGUGAAAUUCUAUGCAAGACUUAGUUAUGUGACAUUUUUCACGUUAAAUAUC